ACAGAGAAAAAUAAGAAAAACGUAGAAAAACAUAGAAAAGCUUAGAAAAACGUAGAAAAACUAAGAAAAACAUAGAAAAACUCAGAAAAACAAUGAGCUUUAACUCAAGAGAUUCGAACAAGGCGCCAUACUAUAAAAGAAAACUUAGACCUUGUCAUCUUGACUACGCUAAUGAGCGUCUGUGGGACCUGAGUUAUUUGAGGCACAAAUGCAAGGAACUGAAUUUGGAAGAGGAGUAUAGGAAGUAUCAGAUCCGUCUGAUGAUCAGCAACCUAUCGGUUUUCUAUGUUUUGUUCAUAUCCGUGUGCCUAACUUUUUUAGCAGUCGAACUGAUUUUCGUAGAGUGCUUAGAAGCCAUCUACUUUGACUUAAUUAGCAGACAAAUAUCAUUUGCCGUCAUCCUUGUCUUGUUAAGCAUUAAUUUCUGCGAAAACUUCGUAAAUCGCCACCGGUGGGUGAUGAUUUUCACCUCGGCCCUGGCGGCAUAUGUUGUCGUAGGCACAGAUUUAGCGCAGAACCUGUACCAUUUCACCACGCACGGCUGGCCGCUCAAUGUUACAUUUGACGUCUUUGUGCUCUGCAUGAUCUACAUGUUCAUGCCCAUACCCUCGAUCAGGGGAGCAGCCCUACUGGCCACCUCGGUCAGCACCGCUUACGUAGUCUACUACAUGUACUCACUCUCGUUGAACGCGGACUUCGUCGGGCGGGACUUCAACACCUACGAUGUUCUAUCCGUCGAUAUAUUACACAACGUUGGCUUCAAUAUGAUGGGCAUAUUUUUCCGCGUCAUGAACGAGACUAUGGUGCGUGCCUCCUUCCUUGACCGCCAUCAGUUCAUCAUGGAGGAGAAGUGGUUGCGCCACGCCCUGCAACAGGAGUCGUUGCUUCUGAAUAGCAUCCUGCCGCCUCAGAUUGCGAAACCCAUUCAGGAUAGCAUUAAGGACAAGAUCAAGCAAAACGAAACGAACGAGUUCGACCGCUUUAACGUGGCACGUCCACGAAAGACGGAACACUUCAUGGCCAUCCAAAUCCAUCCGGAUGUCUCCAUCCUGUACGCCGAUGUGGUGAACUACACCCACCUGACAACUACUCUUACCGUCCAGAACCUGGUGAAGGUCCUGCAUGACCUCUACGGUAGAUUCGACAUGGCUGCCUCCACUUUCAAUGUGCAACGCAUCAAGUUUCUGGGCGACUGCUACUAUUGUGUGGCAGGUUUGACGACUCCCGAUCCAGAUCACGCGAAAUGUGCCGUCUCCUUGGGCAUUUCCAUGAUCGCCAACAUCCAGGAAGUGCGGAUUGAGCGUGAAUUGGAUAUCGACAUGCGCAUAGGCGUCCAUUCAGGAUCUCUUCUCGCAGGCGUUAUCGGCGAGGCAAAACUGCAGUAUGAUAUUUGGGGUUCUGAUGUUGAGAUCGCCAAUCGUUUGGAGUCUACGGGAAGACCAGGAUAUGUACACGUUAGUGGACGAACUCUGAGUAACUUGAAUCCCUCCGAUUAUAAAAUAAUGUCGGGCACGGAAAAGGCUCGAAAUGAUCCGGUGCUGGAGUCAAUGAGUACCUAUCUGCUCACUAGACAAGAAAUUCAGAGUUCACUCGACUCCUCAGCGGCUGGUGUUGUGUCCAGUGAGAGUCUUGAUAUAAAGCCUGUGGAAAGUGUACGGACUCACAGAUCAACUCGCGUCUCGAUGACCAGAGAGUUGCGCGAAGAGUUCCGGAAUAUGCCAGUGGGCGGCUUCGACUUUUAUUCGCCCUGCUGCCGCCGUCGAGAUGGCGAUGAGUCUCACAAGAAAACAGAGCGCGAAAUCGGUAUGUUUUGUGCAGCCUUUAAGGAUAAAAAUCUGGAAUGGAAUUUUAUGCACCAGCCGGAUUAUAUUUUCAAGUCCUCGAUGCUGCUAGCCUGGGCAAUAGGUUGCUGCCUGAUCUACAUCCAAAUAGUGACGUCACACUCUUUUUGCACCACCUGCAUUGUGGUCGACUUGGUUACAUUUUCAUUUCUGACCUGUCUGCUGUGCAUCUCGUGGUACAAGAAAGUGUGUUGGUGGAAGAGUGGACGCUACGAAUUCAAAAUGCACGACAAAUAUAGCUGCAUUGUGUUUCAUAUGUUCGAGAAGAUCCAACACAGUGUGACUCUGCGCAUUAGCACCUAUUUGCUGAUUGUCAUUUGCUACUAUUCGGUGAUCUCCCUGAUAAUGAUAGACUGUGACCGCGACGAAUUCGAGAUGAGUUACAUUGAGAGCAAACUCUUUCACUAUGAAAUGGAUCGGGAUGUAUGCUUCCAUCCUUGGUCCUUUACCAACAUGAUUUCCCUGAUCCUUGGCAUUAGUUACACAUUCGCCCGCAUCCCGUUCUCCCUGAAGAUAUUCAUCAGUUGCUGCGAAACCGUCGCCUUCGUGCUGAUCGUGUUUUUCCAGUUUGCGUUCAAUUUUCAGCACAGUGCUACCACGACUCCGCAUUUGAGAGCGGAAAUAGCGCAUUGUCUUCGGGUCUGCAUGAUGUUGGCCACUAUGUAUGCCAAGGAGCGACAGUCAGAGUUCAACACUAAAAUGAACUUCAAGCUCAACGUGGAUUUGCAAAACAAGCAAAAGGCGGCCGAUGUUACAAACCAAUCAAUCAUAAUUCUUCUCAAUAAUAGUCUCCCUUCUCAUGUUGUCGACCUCUAUCUCAACUCCUUAGCCAAACACGAACUGUACUAUGAAAAUUAUCAAAUGGUAUCGGUCAUGUUCGCCAUGCUAAUUAAUUUCCCAAUGAAUUUGCCUAGCUUACGAGUGCUAAACGAUAUCAUAACGGAAUUCGAUAGACUGUUGAACGCCUACAGGAAAUAUUACGUAGUUGAGAAAAUCAAAGUCGUUGGCUGCACUUAUAUGGCAGCAUGUGGAUUGGAUUUUAACUUGGCCUCAAAUAUGCGCCAAAGCAGUCACUAUCGAAAUAGUUCUCUUCAUUUUGAGGUGGAACAGGCGCGCCUUAAAAGAAUAACGUUGGGCGUCAGUGAAGAAAGCGACGACAGCGAUGUCAACAAUGACGAGGUGGUCUUUAUGAUGACCACUUUCGCUCUGGACCUGAUGCGCACCCUCUCGGCGUGCAACAAGGCCUACUCGGGUUCCUACUUCGAGAGGUCCCUGUCCAGCGGAGAGAUCUGCAUCGGAAUCUCCAGUGGCGAGAUAAUGGCCGGCGUGGUGGGCGCUUCCCAGCCGCACUACGACAUCUGGGGGAACCCGGUCAACAUGGCCUCCCGAAUGGAGUCGACCGGGCUGCCUGGGCACAUCCAGGUGACGGAGGAGUCCGCCAAGAUCCUCGAGAAGUUCGACAUUCUUUGUACCUACCGCGGCAUGACUUAUGUGAAGGGCCGUGGUGAAAUACCCACCUACUUUGUAGGCAUUGAUGAGAACCUAAAGUUCAUGUCCUUGAAAUUGCUCAAUCAGAGUUCGUCAAGACGUUUUUCAGUCGUGUCUUCACUGGAUCCAGAUUCUUUCGGUAGGAAUUCUUCUAGUUUAUCAAGCGAAUAAAAAAAAAACUUACAAAUAUAUAUUUUAAAAUUAA